UAUGCGAUAUUUGCGCCACACGAAAGGGACAAAAUAGGCGGGCAAAAUACAUAAGAAAUAUUGGACACUAAAUAAAAAAAUGUCGCGCAUUUGAAAAUUAUAAUGAAUUUCUUAUAAAUAAUUUGUCUAUAAUAUCUAAUUGUGAUUUAGUUAAUAACGAACUAUAAAAAAGAAAGUAAUGUAAGAAAUAUGAAAGAACUAUUGACACAGUUGAUUGCACGAUUAUCGAAAUAAAAAGCGCAAACAAAAAAAGAGAAUUUUAUUUUCUUUUUAAUGAGAAUGAAAAGAAUCGCGGUAAAAUCGUGCAUACAAUCGCACUGUAGACGAAUUACCCCACUCCUAAACCCCCGACACCAAUUGCUCGGAUGAUAUUUACCUGAUAGGGAUGGGCCUGGUGCUUUUCGAAGUACCUGCAAUCAUAAAAGAAAAAUGGUGAAUAGAAUUACAAGACAGCGGACGUUCCAAGAUGGAAAAUAAAAUUUCCAUCGAGGAAAAUCUUCCGCGAAUGGCGGUAGUAGUAAUGUCGAAUGGGUCGGAUGGACGGACUUUGAAGAUGAGAGGUGAGUGACGUUCAAAUUGUUAAAAUAACGGCGGCGUUGAUUCAGCAUUGACGCCAGGCGUCGUGUUUUACUCGAUUUUCGAAGAGCUAUCAUAAGUUUCGAGCACACCGACAAUAGGCGGCGCAAGUUGCAAUAAAUUUAUAGUUGUAUGCGGUUAUGCUGUAGGAAAUGUAAAGAACUAAAGCUAUGAGACGCCUUAUUACGACAAAAUAAAAGUGAUGAUCAUUCCCGUUUAAUUUCAUUUUGUUGCAGCAGAUUUUUAUAAAAAAAAAAUAAUGGAUAAAAGAAAUAAAGUAGAUUUAACAUUGACAUGCAAUAAUCCUAUAAGUAUGUCAAAAAAAUAUGUAAAUCAAGAAUAUAUAAUUAGUCAUUUCAAUGAUAUUAAAUCAUGUGAAAAUAUAUUUCUAUGGCUUGAUAAAUUUAAUAAUCUAAUGUGUUCAUCUGUGGGACAUAGAAGUUAUGAAUUAUUAAAACAUUUACUUUUCCUUUAUACACAAAAUAUUUUAACUAAUAUAAAUACAUAUUGUGAAAAAGCAUUGGAUAUGACAAAAUUAAAAAAUCAUCUGAGUACUACAUUAACAUUUUUUCAUCUUUAUUGGAAUGAUAUUAAAGAGCAUGUUAAUGAUUACAACUCAUAUUUAAAUGAAAUGUCAAUACUGUUAGGAAUAUACAUAGAUAUAGAACUUAAAACUUUUACACACACUAUGGAUUCAUCUAAAAUUGCUUCAAAACUGCUUUCAGCAUUAUGGAUAUAUCUAAGUAAUUCAGAAAAACAUAUUUUUAGAGUAUUGCUUAAACUAAAAUUUGUUACUAAAAAAUAUUCAAAAAUUUUUGAUUUUAUAUUCAUGAAAAGUUUUACUAGUUUCAAGAAAAGUGUGGAAUCUUUAACAGAUGUAGAAUAUGUUAGAUAUUUACUUGUUCUAAAAAUAUGGAAAAAAAUGAAAGAAACUAUAGAAGAAAAAAAGGAAGUGAACAAGAUAGCUUUAACAAUAUUAGGUCCAUGUAUUCCAAAAAUGCGUGAUGAAUUAUUGAAGAUUAUAUGUAAAGUUCCAACAGAAUUUGAAAAUGGAACUCUUGGUCUAUUACAAUCAAAUGUAUUUAAUUUAAAAACUGCAUGUAAUAAUUUUUUAGUAUUUGAAGAAGCAAUGUUUGUUGAAUCUAAAGAUAAUUUCAUAACACAAAAUUCUGAUUUAUAUUUACAGGAUUCAUAUAGUGUUCAAAAAAAUUUUAUAAAUUGUGAAUUAAUAAAAAAUGAUACAGAAAAUAAUUAUGCUUUUAAAAAUGGAAUAAAAAAUAAUAAAAAUAAUGAUGAACUUCUCCCAUCAAGAAACAGACUUAAAAAUUAUAAAAAGAUAUCAAAAUUAAAACCUGGAGAAUUAAUUUUAAUUGAUUUAACUAAAGAAGAUGAAGUAAAAACAGAUAAAAAGAAAAGAAAGAAAAAGUGUCAAAGAAAUUUAGAAUGGUUAAAAAUGAUGCUCAUAGUACGAAGAACUCUGAAAAAUUUUCCCAUAAUAUUCUUCUUGAAAAACAACCAAUUUCAAAUAAUAAAAUUAAUGAAACUACAGAAAGUAAUACUUUAAUGGAACAAAAAUCAUUUCAUGAUAAUACUCAUAAU